GCGAGAUACAGGAGGGUAGGACUGGUGACAACGUCGGUCGUGUUGCCAGGAGGCUACAUAUGGACCCCGAGGACGUGCUUGAGGAGGAGCGUUUGGCACGGAUGGUGUCGGGGUGUGCCACGACACAGUGGCUUGCGUUGGAGCAGGACACGACCAGGGCGAGGGAGAUGGGGUGUAGUGUAGAGGAGGUCACUGCCGCCAGACUAGCAACAGAGUGUAGACACGAUGGUCCUGCAGAUGUUGCAGAUGGUGGAGGACUCUGCACAGAGGGACACGUGGUGGAUCGUGCGGACGACCACCAGGAGGACGCGAGGGUAGGGUUGGGUGGUUUAUGUGGGGCCAGCGACACGGUACUACCCACUACCGAUGAGGCGGACGGGGGCGACGGCGCGGCCAAUACAGACGCAGGGGGGUUGCUUGGGUGCGAUGGCACGGAGGUGGACGGGCAGGUGGAUAAAGCAUUUGUCGGCGUUGCCGUUGCCGCAAUGGAGGAUGUGGUCACAGAUGACACUCAGGAUGGUCUUGUCGCGGUGGAUGCUAUGGUUGCACAUCGCAACGAGGAGGAGCGACAGGUGGACCUCGGGGACGUUGUUGCACACCCUGUAGAGGCACACGUGCCCAGCAUGUCCCCACUCGAGCGCCACACUGCUGGGAUUGAUCCAGUGAUGGGCAGGAGCAGGCAUAUAUCGAAGAGGCUUUGGAAGGUUGUGCCUCCAUCUUCUUUCGUGCCUGUUAGUCCGCCAGCACCCUCGAGGGUAUCGGGGGAUAUUGGGAAGAUUAUGGAGAUGGCCGACUUGUUCGAGCAGUUGACAGGGGCGGUGAGUGGACGGGGAGGUGAGUCUGGUGGCAGUGUUGUGGGCGGGGGAGGUGGUCCCGCAGUUGUCGGCGGACGGUCGGGCCUUUCGGGCGGGAGUGUUGGUUGGGGAGAGGGUUCUGCUGCGCCGGCGAUGCCAGGAGGGCGCGGGCAGGUGCAGGGUUGUCCAUCACCUUCAUCGAAGGCGAAGGGGAAGUCCGUAUCGUGGAGCGGCAUCAGCAGGGUCACCCGCAAACUCAAGGAUGCUAUGCCUGAGGUCACGGGUGAGAGGAGGGAUCGUGAGGGGAGGUUGACAGAGAUGUUUGCGGACGCAGCAGGCUGGGUACGGAAGGGAGAUAGGUUGGAGCAUCCUGGUGCCGGGUCGUCGUGUGCUGCAGAUCGACGGGGCAACACGAUGGUUGCACCGCCGUCACGACCGCCCACAGCAAGUGCGGCACAACGAGAUGGUCAUCGACGUCCGAAAGGGCGAUCUUCCACACGUGCUUUGCCAGGUGCCCGACCACCCCCAGCAUUGCUGGAGGAUGACCCUGAUCCUGUCACUUUGCAGAUGAGCCGUGGAGGUUGUAUUUCUACUGCACACAGGAUACUGGAUGAGGAGCCGCGACGUCAGACAGGUACAGGACCGGGCAGUCGUCGAGCUGCUGGGGGCCGCACGGAGGAUUCCGCGAUGGAUGGGGUGCCCAUGCCUAGGGGUAGGAAGACAUACACGACUCUGACUGCCGUUUUGGGACGUUCUGCUGGAGGGGGUGUUGAGAGAGAGGCGGAGGUCUAGGAGGCAGAGAGGGUGGCCUCCAGAGCAGUUGCCAGUCAUGCCGUG